GAUGACGCUCUCUGCCAUGAUGUCCCCCAGCUUCUCAGGGCUGCUCCUUGCCUGCCUGCUGCUCCCCUGCCUGACACAAGGCCAUCAGGAGGCCCCUGAACCCCCCUCUGCCAGGAGCUCCUGCCCCCAGGGCUUUGGCUUCCAUGGCUCCCACUGCUAUGGAGUAUUGGGUCCUGAGGAGACCUGGAACACUGCCGAGCUGCUGUGCCAGGGCUACCCCUCGGGCCAUCUGGGCUCCCUGCUAAACGAGGCCGAGGCCACCUUCGUGGCCACCAUGAUCAAGGAGAACGGGGUUGAGGACCCCGUCUGGAUCGGUCUGCACGACCCCAACAAGAAUCGCAGGUGGAAAUGGAGCAGCAACGCCCUUUACCUCUACAAGGCCUGGGGGGAGGGCUUCCCAGUGAACGACGAACCCUACUACUGUGUGAGCCUGACUCCUGAGUCUGGAUUCCAGAAUUGGAAAAAUGAAGCUUGUAAGGAGAAGAACAUCUACCUCUGCAAGUUCAGACCUUAAAGGGGAUCAGACAGAAGAAGAGCUUGGAAUUCGGCUGCUUGCAUCCAAGCACAGCCGAGGAGGGCCGCGGCCAUCAUCUCUCUGCCCUCCCAGAGCAUCUUCUUUCCAUCAUCCUUCCUCAUCAGCACCACCCUCCCUUCUGUUAUCUGACCACUCUCGCCACUUCUCCUGUUCCUGUUCUUCUCUUCACCCUCCACUGCACUCAGCACUACCUGCCCAAGUGCCUUUUAUUUUCCAUACCACAAAUAGCUCAAAGUUGAUACAAAACCUAAAUAUAAAUGGUCACACUGUUGUUAAAAAGUAGAAAAGUUCCAGUUUAAGUUCCUUUCAGAAAUCUUGGGAAUGUGAGAGUUCUCAACCAAGGAGUCAAAGAGAUCAUUCAAGACAAAAAUGUCAUCCCUUGAAAUUUGAAAUCCAAGUUAGAUUUUAGGGGAUGAAUUUCUGCUUUUUUCUGUGUUGUGGGAAUGGUAGAGACUGUGGUCUCCUUUGUGAUCUUCUUCUCAUAAUCAAGGUGCUCUGUUUGUGGCUAGUUCUGUUGUAGACAUUUCAAAUGGUUAUGUAUCUUUGAAUAAACUACUUUCUGACCUGA